GCAGAUUAGACGCUCGUGAUCUACUCAUCCCGAUACUCGCAAACAAAGGUCAACACCACACACAGCUAGUACCAAAAUAGUGUGGAGAAGCCAACACAAUUCAAGUUCCCGGAUGCGUGUGGCUACCAUGGCAGCAAAUGCUUCUACUUCAUCCGACGGUCGUCUACUCGUCACCUCAAAGGGCAUAGGCCUAAGUGCAUCCGACUCCGCUCUCUUCGACUCGCAUUCCAGUCGCAAAACGAAUCCGUUCGGCAGCCAAGCAUCACUAAACCUCGAAACAAGCCGCUACACAUCAAAACCAGAAAGCGACGAUUCGGCCAUUGCGCCUGCGUGGUCGUCAAGGGGAGAGUGGAGGGAAGGCAGUGUCUUUAGCAUCCAAGAGUUCGGCCGGGUUGCAGUUCCACGGCUUCAUACGCAAUUGCGGAGCAUCAGAGGAGACCCAUCUAACGAGCCAGUGGCCGUAGAGCGCAAGAAGAGUCGAGACAAGAGACAAACUUGGAAGAGAUUGUUGCCUGGAAGUCUGAUGAGACGGUCAGGGAGGACAGACCGAGUGGGGAGUAAAGAUGAGGCGGCCGUGAGGCGUGUUGCGAUUGGUGUUGUUGGGGACAAGUGGCAGGAGGUGUCGAGGUUCGGGCUCGAGGCGUUGGGGAUUGUGGCUGGACGAUCGGGGAGGAGAGGGGUGGAGAGAGAGGUGGUGGUUGUGAAGGGGUUGGUGCCGGAUAGUUUGGCUGAUCGGACGCAGCAGAUUGCAGCUGGUGACCAUCUUGUGUCCGUCAACGAUCAAUUGAUUACCAUGGAUACGGUCACAGACGUUCUCCAGUCUCUUCACGGAUCGAAAGAGCUCAUUUUUAAGUCAACUCGAUCCAAAUCGGAUGCUCCAAAUGUCACCCUAAGACGGCAUCUCAGCACGACGACUCCUGCUCUUGUUCGGCUACUGGAUGGCUCUCCAACUCCCAUGUGGCAGUCAUUGAUGAGCUCAAUGCCUCAUGCAGUGAUGUAUCUUUCAUUGAAUGCAUCGGAUGAAGGGGGCGGCGGUCAGGACACGGUUGUGUAUCAGUAUCCUAGGAAGGAGAUUGAGUUCGCGUUGUCACAGAAGAUUGUUGCUUCACAUGGCGCAUUUCUGACGUUGAGCGAUUUGAUGAAGGAAGUAACUGGUGAAUGUGCAAAGACAUCAACUCUGGAGAUCGAUGGACGUCUAGCCCACAUUGCAUAUUGUCAGUGUGACCAAGAUAUUUUUGUGCUCGCCCUUCCAUCAGACAAAGCUCACAUUCACUCGGUUACUCAGUUUCUUGACGAUAUUGUUGCUUUACUGUCAUUACUGUAUGGAACAGUAGCAAAGGCAUUCUAUGAGAGAGCCAAUAGAAAACGAUUGGAUCACAUGUUUACGUUGGUGUUUGAGCGUUUGCUGAGUGUUGGGGAGUCAGGGUAUGUUGCUCGACUGAACGACACGCUACAUGGACUUCCACGACUUCCUCUUCAGGCAGAUUUGUUGGUCAAAAUCAGUAGCUGCCUCACGGAGCUUGAGUCGGACGAUCACAGUCAAUUGCUUGAUGUGUUGUUGUUGAGGAGAAUGUAUCAAGUAGGAGGUUGCUGUUUGUUCUACAAGGGCUAUCUAUUAGACACUCAUUUAUCAGACAUCGAAACUCAAGCCGUCGGUCUCUACUGUCGUUAUCACUGCCUUCUCACCGUCUCACAAAAGCAACGAGUUGGCCAACUGGUUGUGUGGACAGAGGUAUUUUUGCCUGCUACUCCUGGUCAGUCGGCAGUCUAUCAUCAGUUGAGACAACGAACAUUUCUUCUCAUCGUGGGCCUUGGUCAAACUCUACUCUGUGUGCUGCUAGAAAGCGGCGGCACUACACGCAAAGUGAGUGGUCAUCCAGGGCCGGACUCAUUGUACGUCGAUUUGGCCCAAGAAGUGCUAGCAAACCUCAGCACAAGAGGUUUAUUGGAUGCUUGUGAGACAAGACUUCAGUCUGCUCCUGUUCCAAGUAUUGGGCAGGUAGAUGAUGUGGUUGGCAUGCAGCAGAGGCCGUCGAGUGUCUUUAUGAAUCCUCGUAAAUUGUCUACUGCUGGAGGACGACGGCGUAGCGUAGCAUUUGGAAGAGAUCUUGACAACAUUGCUAGUACCAAAGAUACGUCCUACUGGAUGCAUCAUUUCAGUGAACAAGCCGGAGACCUAACCACCUCACUACGCUUACAAGGUCAGGCUGUUGCACAGAGUCUUACCGGCGACAAGAAAAAGUCACAACAUAAAUAUAAACGAAAUUCAAGUUUGGUUCCCGGAGACGAUGAAAUAGUUUAUCAUUAUGUGACUGUCAACUCUCUGAGUGGGGUCAUCAUCGCUCCAAUCCAGGGUGUCGUGAUUGGCGGCCAUUUACAUGCAGCAGUUGUGAGAAAUUUUUGUAAGGCGUGUGUCAUGAUUAGACACGUGCUGGUCAAACAGUCGGAGGUAUCUAUGAGUCUGACGGGUGUGUAUGAGCACGGCAUCUUGAUGAACUGCAGUGAUGCGAGUGGAGAGAAACACAAGACGUCUCUGUGCUACUGGGUUGUUGGACGGCUAAUGAGAAUUCCAGUUGAGAGAGAGUUCUACGUAUGUUUCCAUGAGACGGUAUCUCACAAUAUCGUCGAAAUGGUCUUCAGACUGACAUUAGGUGCCACAACAUGAUGUACGUACAACACGGUGCUCUCACAGUCUACAACACACGAAACAUCUUAGUUGGUCAUCAUCCUCAUACUCAUCCCUAGCAUACAAUACAACUGAACAUGUCACGAUGUAUGCAGGUUGGUGCUUGUGCAUUCUGGUUUGAUGAAGUAAGUUAAGAGUGUUAUGUGGAAAACUCACUGGAGAGAUCUUGUCACUCUUUUAUAUUUGAUUAGCUACAUUUUUAUAUUUAUUUGUUGUAAUAGAAAUUGUAGUGUGACAUUGUAGAGAGCAAAAUGAUGUUUUUAUUGCUUUUUGGUUUAUUUUGUCUGUGUAUUUAGUUGUACAUGAGCAAAAAUGAUGUAGUUAUACUU